GUACAUAUCCCUAUACUGUUCUUCCAACAUAGAUCCUGUUAUUUUGUCGGGGAACCCACUGCUCUUCGCAUUCAUCCUAAAAUCUUCCCCCACUUUGACCCUCAGAGUAGUUGUUGAAUGGCUUUUCCUUCUGAAUCUGUUAGCAUUAUCCUCUAGCAUCGAACUCACUUCGUUGAUGUUGACUCUGAAUUGAGCUAUUUCCUCAAUCAUAGAAUUUGAUGGUUAAUUCUUUGGUUUCCGGCGAAGCUAAAUCUGAGUUUGAUAUUUAAGGAUAUGGGUUCUGCUUUAGAUUCGACUUUUAUUAUAUUUUCAAGGUAACGUGUUCGUAUCAGGUCUAGCAGGGGCUGAGCUUGUAAAUCUUGACUUUUGUUUGUGUUGAUCUUCAUAAUCAAUUCAUCAAACACUUGGUCCUCGACCUUCUUGUUUGAGCAUAUGCAUAGGAUAAUAUAGAGUUGUAAUUUUUGGGAAGUUAUUGUGUUCAGUUCAAUUGGUCUAGAUGGGGAAACCGUUGCUUUAUGAGAUUUGGGAAAAGCCAGCUACAAGUUGUGUAAUAGGAGUUUGCAGUUUGAUUUGGUUCUAUAUUCAGAAGAAAAGCAUUGGGUAUUCACAUGUGGGUUUGAGUUACGAAACUGCGAUGGAGGGCCAUCAUUGGAGGAUAAUCACAUCUGCCUUUUCACAUAUUAGCAUCCUUCAUCUUGUUUUCAAUAUGAGUGCACUUUGGAGCCUAGGUGUUAUUGAGCAGUUAGGGCAUAUAGGUCUUGGAGUAGAAUAUUAUCUCCAUUAUACACUGUUGUUGGUUGUGUUGUCCGGGUUGCUAGUCCUGGGGAUGUACCACAUUUUGAUCCAAAAGUUCAAGGUAGAUUAUUUUCGGAGAGUCACUGCUGUUGGGUACUCUUGUGUAGUUUUUGGGUGGAUGACUAUAUUGUCGACGAAGCAACCCUCUUCGAAGUUGGAGCUUUUUGGGUUUUUGUCGCUCCCUAUCAGUUUUGCACCAUUUGAAUCGCUCAUUUUCACGUCUAUAAUUGUGCCACAAGCAAGUUUCCUUGGUCAUUUGUCUGGAAUUAUUGUUGGGUAUGCUGUUGCCUGGGGUUUGAUACAUGGGAUGAACAAUUACUGGGCCAUCUCUAUGUUAGGCUGGAUAAUUCUUGUAUUUAUUUUUAGUUUGAAGAAAUCUGGUGCAUAUAAUUUUAACUUCCUCGAGAUUGAAUCAGUGACAGAUACCUCCUUGCCAUCUGUGCGUUUUCUCGCCUCUGGAAACGGGAGAACAUUGCAGAUGAGUACAUUGUCUGAUGUUGGUUCCAAUCUUGUGUAGCUUCUCGACAGAAUUUGAUUGGCAGUGAUUAUUCAUGCUGAUUUGCCUAGUGAUAUGCAAUUAUGGUGCGUCAUGGCAUGUAGGAUUACGAGUGAGCUCUUUGUCAUGCCUCCUUGGACGCUCCAAAGUGCAUCACUCUUUCUCUUGGAUCAAGUCUUCACAGGCAGCAGCCCUUGUGCUCUUGUACCAAGGUUCUCUCUUGCGUAAUAACAGAGUGGAUUUUUCCGGAAAUAUUUUCACCUAUUUAUGUAUCAUAACAAAGACAAACUGUGGAAAGUGGGUAAGAUUGAUUGAUUUUCCCGGUGAUCUUUUCCGUAAUCUCUUUUUUUAGACAUGAACCAUCUUGUUGCAUCUGAUGUUCUAUUCUUUUAUAGAAAUAUAUUAAAUAAAGAAUGAAAAAGUCAAAUCCAUAUGCUUUAGGUUAUGUUUGCAACUGAACAUGAUAGAAUAGAAAAUAGUCGUGCUUUUACUCUUUAUUGACUUUGGAAAAACUCAACUCUAUCGCUAACUUUUUUGAACCAUACUAAAUAAGAGAUUUUAAUAAUUGAAAUAUAUAUAGAAGAUACGGAUACUGUGUAUAUGCAAACUGAUGUAAUAACUCUUGCUUAAAUUCACAUGUAUGGGCUUGUUGUAUGAUCAAUUGACUGAAUAAUGCUCUGAAACUAGCUAUUCAAAUAGCUGCAUAUUUUUUGCCGAUUAUGGAACAGGAAAAAUAUAGAUUCUGGUAAUAUCAUUCUUUUCAAUAACGGAUACUAUUUAAAGUUGUUCUGUUAGAUGUAUACCUAAUAUUAUUGUCCAAUUAAACUAUGACUUAUAUCUUCGAUUUAGGAUUCUAAGGUUUUCCUUCAUAUGAAAAUUGUGUGAUGUAGAUAGAGAUAAUAACCCUUUCAGGAAAAGAAUAAUGGAUAGGGGCCAUAGAGGGAUAGUUCAAUUUCUUAAAAUGGAUGUGAUGCUUAGAUCUAAAUUUUGCCUUAAUUUGCUUUACAUUUUAUAUUGGAUGUUUUUGCUUUUAGUUUAUGAUUUUGUAGGGUCGAACUAUGAAAUUGAGUUCAGAAAGCUUUUGUUUCAAGCUUUUACUAUGCAGCUGCAUUCUCCUUCUGUAUUGAAUUCCUGAAGAUUGUGAAAUUCCUAGAACUAUCUCAUUUGGUGUACAUUUAUGCCUUUUUUCUCUUUCACAUUUUCGGUUCGUUCAGUUCAUGGAUGCAUAUAAGUCUUUGUUUGCGGAUUUUUAAUUUUUGGCAUAUUAUCUUCUGUUCAUUCGUUAAUUAAUUUGUAGUGGAUUACCCUCACUAAUUGGUUUAUGGGGUUGAAUCUAUACUCUUCAUGGAAUCUCUUAAAAGUUUUUUUGUCGCUUAAAUGAUGAACUGUUUCAGCAUUAAUGUUUCAGUUUGACAAGAGGUUUGUGUUCUGCCUGAAAUUAUGGUUGUGCCGUCUAAAGUACAUUUAAGAUCUGA